UUUCGGCCAAUCGAUUCUAGGCGACGACUCGCACGAGGUUCGCCGAAGGCGUCAACCGACCGACGCGCCUCACGGACGAUCGGGCCUAUCGGGAGCGCGAGGAUUCAAAAUUCGAUAGUUGUGUCGACCGGGCGCCUUCCGCUCCGGGAAGUUUUUACGCGAAAAUGGACGCUUCUGUUGGACGCGACCGGAAUCGAGGCGCAUCCGGAUUCCAGCGAGACCGUUGAUUCUCGUCACAGUCGUCCGCAGGGGCUCGCCCGAGGCUCGCGUCGCUUAUAUCCGUCAUCCGAAGAUGGCGUCUCCCUGGUCGCGCGUGGCCUGGACCUCUCUGGCGAGGACGAACAGUUCGAGGUGCUCGAGCUUGUCGCGACUCGCGACCCUCGUUUUCGCCGAACGGCACGCUGGUGCUCGGUCGUUUCACUCGCAUCAACAGCAGCAGCAGCACAGACGGGGAAUACUCGGUGCGACCAGAGCGAGGAAGUUCCUAACCUGUUGUACCGCGCUCGCCUCGGCAGCUGGUCUCGGCUAUGCCCUGUACAGCCGGAGCAAUGACGCUCGAUCAUGGGGAAUCACGACCCCGACCGUCCUGGACUCGCAUGUCGUUCACGCCAUCUCGCCGUCCGAUCGCAAUCGGAACCGGGACAAGUUCAAUUUCAUAGCGGACGUGGUGGAGGUAACCGCACCGGCUGUCGUGUAUCUCGAGAUCAGGGAUAGCAGCAGCUGGAGUAGAUACUUUAACGCUGCUUGUGGAGAUUUUUUCACGGGGAGACCAAUCGCCACCAGCAAUGGAUCGGGAUUUAUCAUCCGUCAGGAUGGUCUAAUACUGACAAACGCCCAUGUCGUUGUAAAUAAGCCUAAUACAACAGUGAAGGUAAACGUACGGCUGUACGACGGUAGUACGUGUACUGGGACCAUAGAAGACAUCGAUUUGCAAGGUGAUCUUGCUACCGUGCGAAUAAAUAGGACCAAUCUGCCGGUGAUGAAACUCGGUUCUUCGGCCAAUAUCAGACCGGGGGAGUUUGUGGUGGCUAUUGGCUCCCCGUUGGCGCUCAGCAACACCAUAACGAGCGGAAUAGUGAGCAGUGUAAAUAGACCCAGUCAGGAACUUGGUAUAAAUAACAAACAAAUGGGAUACAUUCAAACGGACGCGGCAAUCACGUUUGGAAACUCGGGUGGGCCGCUGGUGAAUUUAAACGGAGAGGCGAUCGGCAUAAACGCGAUGAAAGUGACGCCCGGGAUUUCGUUCGCCAUACCCAUCGAUUACGCGAAAGAAUUCUUGAAGAAAGUGGAAUUACGCAAGAGAAACAAAGACGUAACACAUAACAAAGCACCCAUGAGAAGAUAUAUGGGCAUCACAAUGCAAACUCUGACUCCGGAUAUUAUAAAUGAGAUACAACAGGAUACUAAUGAAUAUAUGAAUGGAGUCCGACAUGGAGUUUUUGUGUGGAAAGUAAUACAUGGGUCUCCAGCUCAUCGUGCUGGAUUGCUACCUGGAGAUAUAGUGACGCAUGCUAAUGGCGAGCCAGUGCUGAGUUCAAGCAAUGUUUAUAAAAUGUUAGAAAAAUCAGGACCGAUAAAGUUACAAGUUUUAAGAAAAGAUCAAAUUUUAUACAUACAAGUUGUGCCUGAGAAUAUAUAGUUGAAUUUAUUAAGUGA